AUGCCGACGCUGAGCGAGCAGAAGCGGAGGCGCCGCGAGCAGCUCUCGCGCGAGCAGGCCAGCAUGCAGCGGUGGUGGGAGAAGGCGCCGACCAUGCCGGGGGAAGCCUGCACGGCCGCCCAGCGGCGGCUCGCGGAGAAGGAGCACUAUACUGGUGCCUGCCGCCUUUUGCAGAGCAGCAGCUUGUCCAGGAUUGGUCUCGAUGCUGGCGAUUAUUGCAUCAGCCCACCACUGCAGGCAACGCGACUCUUGGCAUCCCGGAGCCACGAAGAGCUCACCAUUCCGAAGCGCGGCGCGGACUUCCGCGCGGAAACGGAGUGGCGCUUGCACCUGCGCCCGGCCUCGCCGUCGGGGCUCGGCACCGCGCUGCCGCCCAUCUCCGCGGCCCCGCGCGUGGCGCGGCGUGGGGCGGCGAUGGCCGUGACGCAUGGAGGGCCCUGGCGGAAGCAGGGGAUGUGA